AUGGAUAAGAAUACGUCUACAAAUACUCUUACAGCUUUAACUCAACUUGAAACCUCCUUCAACGAGUUGUCAAUUGAUCGACACCUUCGCUGUCAGAUAUGUAAUAAAUAUUAUGAGCUACCAGUGUCAACAAAAUGUCAGCAUACUUUUUGUGCAGGGUGUUUAAAGUGCAAUUUUGAAAAUAAAGCAACAGCAAUGGAAUGUCCUAUAUGCGGAUAUUGGUUUACAUCAUUUGCACAAAUGUGUAAAAAUAGUAUUAUUGAAGAUUUUGUAAAAGAGUAUGAAAAAAUGAGAUCACUAAUAACACAACUAUACAAACAAGGCCUUGAAGUCAAAACUGAUAAAACUAUAGUGACCCCAGAAUCAUGCGAAUUAUCCAAUAAUUAUGGAGAAUGUAAUAAUCCAUCCAAACGGAUAAAAUUUGAAACCAGAGAGCAGGAGAACAUCUACAACAACGUUGAAAAUUGUAACAAACACGUAGAUAAGAAACCAAAAGUUGUAUAUGCAUUACUUAAAGACAAAGCUUUAAAAGAUGAGUUAAGGAAAGAAGGAUUGUCUGCACAAGGUACUAGGGAAGAGUUAAUUAGGCGCCAUGCUCAUUAUCUGAACCUUUGGAAUUCAAAUGUUGAUGCCACGAAAAGAAAAGAUAGAGUUGAAUUACUUAAAGAAAUGGUCAGAUGGGAGAAGGCACAGCGAAGUGGUGAUGCAAAGGGCGUUGUCAACAUUAAAAAGUCAUUGAUUAAUGAAGAUGAUGCAAAAUCUUACGAUAUCCUUGAUUAUUGUCUGCUUUAUUUGAAUUUAUCUUUCAUUAAUGCCUUAAUUUUUUACGGCAAUUUACAGAUUAGAUAUCAUGAUCAAUUCACCGAAUUGAUUAAACAGGCUAAGAAAGGCCAAAAAUAA